UAUAGACAAAAGUGAGUAAUUGGGCUGUUGUUUUGAUCUGCAAUGACAGGACUAAAUGGAUACAUUUUUCUUUGUUAAAAAUAGUGAAACUGGGUACCUUUUGGUGUUUGACACCCUUAUGUAUUAAGAUGGGAAACUGUUUAAAAUCACCAAGUAGUGACGACAUUUCCCUAUUACGUGAAAACGAAGGCCCAGAAGGACCAGACAACCUGGGCCCCCCACCACCGUAUCAGGAGAGACAGAGACCCCUGGAGAGAUCUAGGGUACCUGUUUACCACCCCUCCCCGAAUGUCAGUAGACCCGCCAACCAACUGACAGAGGAUGAGCAGAUAAAGAUAGCCAAACGAAUGGGACUUAUAAGUCACCUUCCAUUAGGGGUCUAUGAUGGGAGUACUAAAAAGGGCAAAGAGUGUGCAAUAUGUAUGUGUGACUUUGUGUUAGGCGAAUCUCUUCGAUUUUUACCCUGUAUGCACAUCUACCAUAAAGACUGUAUAGAUGACUGGUUAAUGCGCUCGUUUACAUGCCCCUCCUGUAUGGAACCUGUAGAUGCUGCUCUCCUCUCCUCCUACCAGUCCAACUGAUCGUGACCUUGUGAUAUUGUCUUGUGAUAAGGAUGGGGCCAGUCCCUGUGUAGUCUCAUCCACUCAAACAUUGGGGGAAAAUUCCUUGCACUGGAAGGAUAAGUGUAUAUAGCUGUACACUUAAUCUUCUAAGUACAUGCUGGGGUAUUGAAUUUUUCUGGUGGUUUUUGAGCUUUUUCAUGCUUUAUGUACACAAUAUAUUCUCUGUGUUUAGGGCUAGUCCUUAUUUCUGCUGACUGGCUUUCCCACAGUGACUUUUUAAAUAUUUUUUUGUAAACAUCAGUCAACAUAUCACAUAAUUGUGAGAGAGAUUAUUCUAAUUAUUGAUUUUAAUAAUCAAUUUUCAGAUAAACAGAUGUAUUUUUUCUCUCUUAAGCAGCACAAGUUGUGUAGGCCAGUCCUAUGUAUAUUUUAUGAGGUGACAAACAAUCCUAGAAAGUGUUUUAAUGUUAUUCCUCCCCGUUUUUCCUGUCAUUGUGUUCAGUUAAUAAUUUAAAAAGAAUAAAAUUAAUAUAGUGAUCAAUAUGAUAUUGUUAUAAUGAAAUUUAUAAGAAUUUUUGGUCUUUUGUCACAUGUAUGUCUAAUUUUCAGAAACAACAAUUUUUAGGAUGCAUGUUAACAGCCUGAAAGCUUAAAUAUGUAUUUAUACUUUUUAUAGUAUUAUUACUAAGUGACUGUAGCUGCACUUGAGACUGCAAAAUGAUAUUAUGCUGAAACAGUACACUAAAAGGUUUUUAAUAGGGGAUUUUUUUUUCUAGCUGAUUCAGAUUUACAUAGAAAGUAGAGGUGUUUAAAUUGUAGAUGGUGCUGAGGCUUUACUGUGAAAUGUUUUGUUUUUAUUAUACAUGUUUUCUGUCCAUGUUUUUAUUAUACAGAAUGAUUUUAAAUGGCAAAUUUGUGCAAAUAGUUUGUUGCAAUGAAAGAAUUAAUUAUACUGUGAAUGUUAGAUAAAAUUUCAAAGUUAACUUUUAAAAUAACACCUAAACUAACUGUAGUUUUUCAUUAAGAAUACCCACACAUACACAUUUUUAAAAAUUUUGUCCUUUUUAUUUCUCCUUACAAUAUCAAAUACAAAACAAAAUUCACAUGUUUUUUGCUGUUUAUGUAUUCUUUUAUUUCAAUUUCAUUAGAAUGGCUAGUCAGUCAAUUGCUGUUACGUAGUCAAAUGUAAAAUAUUAUUCCAAAGAAUGAAAGAUGUUGAUUUGGUUCCUACUUCAUUGCAAUUAAAGGUGACUGUGCUCCUUCAAAUGGCCUUAAUUAAAAGGGUUAUCAUUGCAUUAAAUUAGGUUUUGAAAAUAUCACUAUAUAAAGUGUGGUUUGUAGAAGUUUAUUCUGUAUUUAUGACUUAUGUAGCUUUGUUUAAAAUGUAUUGACUGUCAUGUAGCCAUAGGAUAAUAACCACAGGAAAGGUGUGUCUACUGUAAUUUUUUUUUAUGUAUUUACAGAUACAAGUCCCAUAUAAAUGUAAAACAAAAGUAAAACUGAUGUUAAGAACCCCAGUUCCUCACACUGCUAGGGGUAGUGGGGAUAGAGAGUUCAGAUGGGUUUUGACAGCAGAAUAGAGUUUUAUCAUAGGCCCUAUAACUUUUUAAAGUCAUUAUCCCAGAAUUCACAUUAAUUUUAGAUUAAAGUAAUAGAUUAAUAAAUUUAUUAUUAUUUAUAUAAUAUACAUACACACAAAAUAAUUAAAAUGUGACAUGUUGCAGUUCUAAACUUCAGGAACAGAUAUAAAAUCUGCCUCACAUUGAAAAAGCAAUGAGUAUACAGAUCCAUUAUAAUUAGACAUAUUGCAAUAAAGUACAUGUACAUGUAUACAUAAUUGAGGCAUCCCAGUAUUAUUUACACAAAAUUUGUUUAUUGCUUAACAAAGAUUUAUCAGUAUUAGAUUAAAAAUGAAAUAAAACUCAUAAAAGAAGAUACUACCAUAUAUAUUUAAAAUAUACACACUUAUAGUAAAGCGCCAGGGAGAACAAUUAGCAUUUCACAAGUUCACAAUUAUAAUAAUUUUUUUAAAUCAUGGAAAAUGAAAAUAACUCCACUGCAAGCUUAAAUUGGAUGUUUUAGUGUGUUAGGAAUAAAUUUAUGUACCGUAGGGGAACCACUUCCAUUUGAAUGAGAAAAAAAAUUUCAUACCAGUACGGCGAUAUCCUGCUGUACAUUUUGAUCUUUAUGACUGUAGUGUUAUCUCCCUUAUUUCCCUCUAAGUAAAGCUUAACAACAGUCCAUUUUAACUUUGAAAAUAUUUUUUGUUCAGUCUGAUUGUUUAUGCCCCUUGUUGUUUAAUAAUAUACAUCUAUUUAUUUCACAAACAUAUUACAGAUUGUGAAAUGCAGUGUAUGACAAAAUAGCUAGUGUUUAGUUAUUACUUAUUUAUUCAGGAAUUGUAUAUCAAUGUGUUCUGUGUAAAUGUGUGCUUGUUAAUUUGUGUAAUUUGUUUGUUUUGCUGAUUUUCAACUGCCAUGGCAGUGCCUGUACCUUGUUAUACUUGUUGAAAUCAGAUGUGGGACAAUGCUGGUCAUUUAGAAAAUUGUAAAUGAUUCUAGGCAAGAGUAAUUUCUUCACUUAUCAAAAUUUCUCCCCAAAUUAAAGGUUUUACUGAUAGCAACAAAUAAGAUACUAGUAUAUGAAUUAUCAUAUUCAUUGGGCAGGAAUUAAGACCUUAAGGAUAGCUCAUAAUCUAGAUUUAAGAUAUCUAGGUCUAGUGAAAUCAUCGUUCAAGUUAACUUUUGUUGCCUAGAUGUAAUGGAUAUGCUAGCAUAGUGUUAAAGAUUGUAACCUUCACUAUCUUUUAUGCAGCUCUGGUAUAUUUGCAAAAUUUGAUACCUUUGGUAUAUUACACAUUAAUAGUUUAAAAUAAGAAAAUUUAAUAAUACUGUUUCAGGCUUUCUUUUAAUGAUUUUUCCAUUUGUUCAUUUGAUAUACAUUUAAUAUGUUAAGUAUUCACCUGAACUGCUUAUUUGAACUAAAUAAGUGGCCACAUGGUUGUUAAUGUUGAAGAAAACUAGAUCUCCACAUUGUAUAGAGAAACAGUACUGCCACUGUCACAAAUAAAAUGUCAAAUGAAA